UCCUCCAGCUGCUUCCAGUCGCUUUCUGUCAGCAGGAGCUGAAGGAGAGAUCAGUUUCGUCAGCGCGGUCCUGAAGCGAGGAACCCAACGAGAGAAUUUAUUUUUAUUUUUUCACCUCCGUUUCAGCGAGAGUUUAAAAAGAUGAGCUUUUGUUAUCCGUGUUUCUGAUGCAGUACUUCAGUAUGGUGAAGUUAGUUUGAGAAACUUUGUUUUGGGGGAGCUUUUACGCGCAAGAGUCUCCAGCUCUCCAGAAGAUCUCCGCAUGUCCUUGGUGAAUUAUAUCUAGCUGCUUCUCUCAACUGUGUUUUUAUCACAAAAAUAAAAAAGAUGUUUUCCUACGAGAUGUUCAUCUGCGUCCUGGCCAUCGCCUGUCUUCUGGAGAUCCCCCGAGGCACCGCGGCCGCGUCCUGCGAGCCCAUCCGUAUCCCCAUGUGCAGGUCCAUGCCGUGGAACAUGACCAAGAUGCCCAACCACCUCCAUCACAGCACACAGGCCAACGCCGUGCUCGCCAUCGAGCAGUUCGAGGGGCUCCUGGGCACCCAGUGCAGCCCGGACCUACUGUUCUUCCUGUGCGCCAUGUACGCGCCCAUAUGCACCAUCGACUUCCAGCACGACCCCAUCAAACCCUGCAAGUCCGUGUGUGAGCGGGCCAAGUGCGGCUGCGAGCCGGUCAUGAAGAAGUACAACCAUACGUGGCCGGAGAGUCUGGCCUGCGAGGAGCUUCCCGUGUACGACCGAGGAGUCUGCAUCUCACCUGAGGCCAUAGUCAAGGCAGAUGGGCCAGAUAAUCCUUACUAUCAAGACCCUUCAAAAUGUAACCCUGAGGGAAACCCAGACUUCCCGAUGGAUUCACACAAUUCCAACUGCAAAGGAGCUAAUGAUCGGUGCAAAUGCAAGUCUGUGAGACUUGCUCAAAAGACAUAUUCAAAGAACAAUUACAAUUAUGUCAUCCGGGCAAGAGUGAAAGAGAUAAAGACUAGAAAUCAUGACCUGAGCGCCAUUGUCGAGGUCAAAGACGUUCUGAAGUCUUCUCUGGUCAACAUCCCUCGAGACAUCGUCACUCUGUAUUACAGCUCUGGGUGUCUGUGUCCUCCACUAAUAGCCAAUGAGGAAUACAUCAUCAUGGGUUAUGAAAACGAGGAAAGGUCCAGACUGCUGCUCAUUGAUGGAUCCAUUGCACAGAAGUGGAAAGACAAAAUGGGACGGAAAGUGAAGCGCUGGGACCAGAUUUUGCAGAGCAGAGCAAAUUCAGGCAGGAGCAACACGAAACGGAACCGCCACUAACUGUCCUUGGAAAAACCACACGGACAACCCAAGGAGGAGAAGAGGUUCAUUAAACUGAGAAAUUGCACUAUUGUACUUUUUUUUUUGUUUGUUUGUUUUUCAUUUUUUGGCUGAGACUGUUUUUUUUUAGUUGUUGCUUUGUUUUAUUGUUGUUAUAUUCUCAUAAACAAAAUGUUGCCUUUGCACAAACAAAAUGUUGGUUUGACAUUGCUGUGUAUACUUGUUGGGAAAGGGUUGGCGAGUGUCGGGCAGUGUUUGCCCAUCAAAGUGUGAAGGGGUGAACGCGAGGGAGGAAUAUUAUUGUAGCGCCGUUGAGGUGGAGAGCCACGGAGAUGCCAGUGUGCUUUGACAUGAUGCAGCGCUCCACUGAGCUCACUGCGUACAAAGGCAACAAAUCAUGAACUGCAGCUCCGCUGAAUUUCCCCCUCAGGAGGUUUAAAUGUUCUUCGGAAGAACAAUGAACAGCGUGGGGGGAGAGAGAAAGAGAAUCCCUUUGGCAGAAGCACAAAGACGUCAAGAUGAUCCAAGACUAGGAGUGUAACAUUAUCGUGGACGACGAAAAACAAGCUGUUGGGCUUUCUGAGUGAUGUUCAUUUAAAAGAGAAAAAGCAUUUUACAUGAUAUUUCCUGUAGUUCUGUUCUCUCUUAGAUAUGCUUGAUCUUAAAUGUCAUUCUUAGGAAGAAGUUGCAUUUAAACUGUCAUGCAAUGGAAACGGCUAUUAUUGUACAGUCUAUAACUCGGUUGAUAAACACAUCUAGCUGAUGACAUGACCAUGUUAUGUUUGUAUGCAUUGUUAAUGUCAUUAGCUUUGCAAAUUACCUUCUGUCUUCCAAGACAAACGAGAACAAUUCUUCACUGUAUUUCGGUUCAAGUAAAGAUGUUUAAUCUUA